AUGGAUAUUCCGCAAAUUCCGAAGAGCAGACCGCAUAAACAUCAAUCACCAGCACCUGAAAGCAAUCCUUCAUCGGAGUCUCACACUCCUUCAAUUCCUACACAUCGCCCUCAAAAGGCCGAAACUGAGGUUCCUAGGAUUCCUCAGCUUCCUAAAUCAAGGCCAAGAAGGAUUCAAACUAGUGAUUCGGGUUCAGAGGUAAACUCCUCUGAUACUCAGUCUGCAGUUGAUGCAGUUCCUAGUAUUCCUACACACAGACCCAGUUCUGGAAGUACUGCAUUGAUAUCCGGAAGUGAGCCUGUUGAUGCCGUUGCUUCUUUGAGACCAGACAUAUCCUCUGCUACUAUUUCGUCCGCUGAUAACUCCCUUCCACACAUCCCAUUGACGAGGCCAAGAGCAGCUGCUCCAUCAAAUCACGGUGAUGAGGAAAAAGAAGGAGAUUUAGCCGUUGUAAAGAAGGAUGAAGAAGCUUCAAUUUACGAAAGCGAACAACAAGAGGAUGUAGAUGCGGAAUCUACAGGCAUGGAACCGCCAGAUAAAAAAAUGGACUUGAAGCAUAAUUCUGUGGAUAAAGACUGUUUAUCAGAUAAGGAAGACAAAAGAAGAGAAGAUGAAUCGGCCAUUAAGCACGUUAGUGAAAAUACUACAAGCGAAACCAAUAGUGAUGUUAAGUUUGAUGACAAAGAUGUCACAAGGAAAGAGGAGCAACAAACGAUUAAUAUUCCAGGGGAAAGUGGCGAAAAUCAGGGGUCUGCACUUAACACUGAAAUUAAAGAGACAUUGGAGGAAAAGCAACCAUUUGCGGGCUCUGAAUUGGAUGCACAUGAACAUGAGACUAAAAAGUUAGAUGCAAACACUUAUAAAGGAGAGUCUUUUGUUGAAACUGUUCCUGAGAAACCACUGUUUAAUGUUUCAAACCACGAUCAAUCGACUAUGGGCAAGGAUCUGCUGGAUGGUGACAGUGAUAUUGCUACUGGCUCAGUCAAAGCUGUGGAAUCCAGAAAAAAUGCAUCAAUUAGUGCCAAGAAUGCUCUCGCUGAACUUGAAUCACUUGAGCAAGAAUUUCAACUAACAUCAGAAACACUUUCAUCAACUCCAGCUGAUCUUGCUGAUGCUGAGAAAUCUAGCCAUGGUGAUAAAGUUGGGCAUGUAGGUGUCAUUGAUGAGGAUGAUAAUUUCAACUCCAAUUUCAAUAAUUUAAAACAGGAAGAGAUAGAUGAGGCCAAUGAAGAAGAGUUCAGAAAUGAGACGGAAAAGGAGGCAGACAAGGAGGCAGACAAGGAGGCAGACAAGGAGGCAGACAAGGAGGCAGACAAGGAGGCAGACAAGGAAGCAGACAAGGAGGCAGACAAGGAGGCAGACAAGGAGGCAGACAAGGAGGCAGACAAGGAAGAAAAUAAACCGAUUUUACCUAUCAUUCCCAAAAGCAGACCCAAGCCUAAGGCACAAGAUAGCGCUCUCACACCUCCGAAGGUACCCACCAAACGUCCAAGUGUUGUUAACUCCGAAUCAAACAAUAGUAGUGAGUCAAUAACUGCACAAAUCGUACACAAGAAACCUCCACCAAGAGUUCCGAAAAAACCGUCUUCCAGAAUAGCACAGUUUCAGGAGAUGCUUGAGCAACAACAAAAGGCUGACUUGGGACUGCUGAACCGUGCGGCUCCAAAACCCAGACCUAAGAUUCCAGUCAAGAGUCACACCUUUGAUUCUGAAAAUUCUGACGAAACGAAAGAAGCAGGCGAUGAAGGGUCACCCGCUUCUGGCGAGUCUGCUACAAACUUCGAGGCUCCAAAGGUGGAGCGUACUAACUCUAAGUUUGCACAAAGCUUGAACGGCAUGAUUGGGAUGGGGCUCCCAGGAAUGGCGUUUGGUGGCAACCCUUUUGCUGCCAUGAAAGCUGCGAAGGAAUCUGGACCGGGUGACUUAGAUGCAGCAGAUGAAGAGAAAAGUACAAGGAACAGCAAAGUGAAGGAUGUCAGAAGAGGCAGAGCUAGAGGUCCAAGAGGACGUAAGCUUCCUGAUACCGUGACCAAGGCCGUCGAGGUCAACGAUUCCACAUUGGGUAAUAAAUUUACCAUAAUGGUCAAGGAUCUAUGGAGCUUAGAUUUUAACGAGAAACCACAAAAGACUGCCCCAUUGGAAACAAUGAUAACCAAGCCAGAGACUGAGGAACUGCCCCCAACUCUAGAAUCCUCCUCUGAACACGCUUUGGAAGUUUCAAAUGAAGCGACUAAAGAAGAAGGGGCGGAAAAAAGCGAAGACAGAAUCGGAGCGGAAGUCGAUGCCAAGGUUCGUUCAGAUACUGCUGCUGAGAUCGAAGAAGUCGGUGAAAAUGGAAGCGGCGUUAAAGAUCGCGGAGCUGAUAUGGAACCACGGGACCACGGUUCAGGCUCCGAAAAUUUGGCAGCUGCGUCCGAUUUCCAUCCGGUCACCGAACAUGUUUCUGAACCUUUAGCAGCGCUUCAAAAAGAUGUUUUGGAGGAAGAGGAGGGCGACAAAGAUGAGACGAUGACAAUGCCUCCGACCACAUUCAGCUUUGACAACGACGAGCCUUCAGCCGCAGCUACGGCUACUACGUCCAUCGGCUCCAUUCUCAGUCCAGCUGGGUCCUCCUUGGCGGCUGACACAGGCGAAGGCGCCAGCAGCAGCGACCUAAGUGAUUAG